UGAACAGCUGAGCCUGGGCUAACCCCCAUCCCACCGCUACGCACAGGGUCUUUAUCGCUCUCCUGCCUUUCCACGGCUCGUCCCUUCCCACCCGCGACAGCAUGUUUCUGUGCUGUGAUCGAGCUCUGUUCUGUCCUGUGGGUGAAGUUGGAGUGUGCAGCACCUGGGGCUUCGGCCACUUCCACACCUUCGACAACUUCAUGUACGACUUCUCCGGCACCUGUAACUACAUCCUCGCCAGCGACUGCAGGUCCCUGACCCCCGCCUUCAACGUCCAGAUGAGGAGAGAUGCUCUGGGCAGCAUCCAGUGCAUCGUGAUUGAGCUGCCCUCUUCCACGGUCCGGGUCAACAGGGAAGGCAUCACCCUUGAUGGGAGGAACAUUCCCCUUCCCUUCUUCUCAGAAGGGGUCCUGAUCCGGACGUUUGGGAUUCUGGUGCGCCUGGAAGUGAAGCCGAUCAACCUCAUUGUGAUGUGGAAUCGUGAGGACUAUCUGACGGUGGAAGUUGGGGAAAACUUUCAAAACAGAACAUGUGGUCUGUGUGGAGACUUCAAUGGUGAUCCCUUGAAAUCUGAGUUUGAAGGGAACUUAAUACCAUUCCAGUUCGCCAACGAGCAACAGGAGGACGAUCCGAACGAAGCCUGUCUGCCGCUGGAGUCCAGCUGCUCCUCAGGGAUCAUCUGUAUUGAAUAUGCCUACCUGUGUAAAGAGCUGCUGGACAAAGUGGCCCUGCACUGCCCCGUGGACAAGGAGCUCUAUGUCAUCCGCUGCCAGCAGGACCUGUGUCUGGGGCCGGAGAAGGGGCAGGUGCAGUCCAGCUGCAGCACGCUGACCGAGUACGCCAGGGUGUGCGCCAGGAUCGCGCCCGAGACGGUCAGCCGCUGGAGGACGGCCAGCCUGUGCACCGUUGGACACUGCCCGGAGAACCAGGUGUACCUGGAGACAGGCUCCCCCUGCAGGCAGACCUGCUCCAGGCCCCGGUUCAGGUGUCCCGCUGUCUACAACCCCGGCUGCUUCUGUCCCAACGGAACGGUCCUGGACAACAUCUCUGAGAAGAGCAGGUGUGUCCAGUUGGAAGAGUGCCCGUGUGUCAACAAUGGGCACAAGUACCGGGCGGGGCAGAGAAGGGAGUCUCGCUGUGAAUCAUGCGUGUGCCUCAACAGCCGCUGGGAGUGCAAGGAGCGCUUCUGCCCACACACCUGCGCGGUGGAGGGCGGCUCCCACGUCACCAGCUUCGACUCGCACAAGUACCGCUUCCACGGCUCCUGCACCUACGUGCUGCUCAAGAGCGCUCUCCUGCCCUGGGGCGGCAUGGUGAUGGGACACUUCCACAAGUGCGGCGCCGGAGAGCGGCAGUCCUGCCUGACGGCCGUCUCCUUCGCCUCCACGCAGGCCACCUUCAGCCUCGACCGGCACGGAGUUCAAGUGGAGAAUCAGAAAGUCCAGCACCUCCCCCUCCGAACAGAGCACUUCGUCAUUUUCAACCAGUCGUCCAGCUUCCUGCAGGUGGACAUGUGGCCCUGGCUGACCCUGCAGCUGCAGCUGCAGCCGGUCCUCAGCGUGUACCUGCGGGCGGAGAAGAAGCUCUUCGGGCUGACGAAAGGGCUCUGCGGGAAUUUCAAUGACAACUCCCGGGACGACUUCAAGAACAGCAUGGGGAUCCGGGAGGGCAUCGCCUCGCGCUUCGUCCACUCCUGGAGGCUCCGCAGCCGGUGCGCCAGCCCCCGGAACACGGACCCGGACCCCUGCCGCUGGAGCGAGGCCGACGACGGCAGCCUGCUGCAGAGACCGGCGCCCGCGGCUGAAUACGCCAGCACCCACUGCAGGGCUCUUCUGAACAAGUCCAGUGUCUUCGGGCAGUGCCACGGCGAGGUGAACCCCCUCAGCUACUUCAAGAGGUGCCUGUAUGAGGUCUGUAACUACGAGGAGACCCAGGACUACCUGUGUGGUGCCUUGCAAUCCUACUCCCGGGCCUGUGCAGAGAAGGGCAUGGUCCUGAAGAACUGGUGGAAUGAGACUGUGCACUGCGCGGUGACCUGCCCCCAGAACCAGGAGUUCAUGCAGAACGGCUCCUUAUGCGGGCGCACCUGCCGGUCACUGAGCCCGGGGGCGACCUGUUCCCCCAGCCCCGUCCUGCUGGAGGGCUGCAGCUGCCCGCCGGGCACCUACCUGGACCAGCUGGGCUCCUGCGUGCCCCCGGCCAGCUGCCCCUGCUUCGAGGACAACCGCUACUUCCCCGCGGGGAGCGCCGUCCAGCUGGACGGACUGACCUGCCUGUGCAGCUCUGGGGUGCUGGACUGCGAGGGCUCCAGAGGCUUACUUCCCCAAGGCGAAGAGCAAGAUGACCUCUCCAGCCUGUGCACCCCUCCGAAGAUCUUCCACUCCUGUGUCAAUGAGACCCAGAAAGCUUGUGAACCCACGUGCCAGGACUUGAGAAUUGGCGCCAUAUGUAUGACCUGUGAGAGCGAGUGCUUCUGCCCUAAUGGCCAGUACGAGGACGAGCUUCUGGGCUGUGUGGCUCCGGAGGACUGCUCCUGCCAGCAGGGGGAGACCUUCUACCAGGCAAACACUGUGCUGCAGACAGAGUGCCAGAGCUGCACCUGCCGGGCUGGCCGCUGGGACUGCGUGAUGCGGUCAGUGUGUCCGGGCACCUGCGUGCAGUACGGCGAGGGCCACUUCCGGACCUUCGACGACAGGAGGUUCGUCUUCGACGGCAGCUGUGCCUACACGCUACUGCAGGACACGUGUGACGGCGCUGACCAGGGCCGUUUCUCCCUCGAGUCCAAGGUGGUCUUGUGUGAGACCCUGGGGCCCACCUGCUCCCGGGCCGUCCGGCUCACCGUUGGGGACGUGUCCAUAGAGCUGGCUGGCGAAACGUACACCAUCACUCCCCCGUCCGCCUCUGCCAACUUCACCGUCCAUGACAACAGCCUGUAUCUGGUCGUUACUGCCACCAUCCCCUACAGCAGCAACAAGCUGGUCCUGAUCUGGAACAGAAACAUGAAUCUCAUCGUCAAGCUGAUGAAGAGCACCCAGAUGAGUCUGUGUGGCUUGUGUGGGAACUUCAACGGGAAGGCGAGCGACGACUUCCGGCUGCGGAGCGGAGACCUGACCUCUGACGCCGUGGCCUUCGCCAACUCGUGGAGGACGGACCCCGGCUGCCCCCUGGUGCAGGAGCAGCCCAGCCCCUGCGACACCAACCCCCAGCGCAGGGCCUGGGCUCACAGGAAGUGUGACAUCAUCAGGAGCCCGGUGUUCGAGCCCUGCCAUGCCCAGGUCUACUACCUGCCUUUCUACGACGCCUGUGUGCGAGACGCGUGUGGCUGUGCCCUCGGCGGCGACUGCAAGUGCGUCUGCAAUGCCGUGGCCAUGUACGCCAAGGAGUGCCUGGACCAGGGCGUGUGCGUGGACUGGAGGAGGCCGGACUUCUGCCCUGUCUACUGCGAGUUCUACAACAGCCACCAGCUGGCUGGGGCCUCGUACCACUACACUGGAAACGGCAGCUGCUCCUGGCACUACCAGCCCUGCCUCUGCCCCUUCCAGACCCAGGGCUUGUCCAGCACCCAGAAUCUGGAGGGCUGCUACAGUUGCCCCACGGACCAGUACUUCAGUGUGGACCUGCAGCAGUGCGCCGCCUGUGGGCAUCAGAAAUAG